AUGGACAGUGGAGCAUCGAGACAUAUGACAGGGAUGCUAGCUCUUCUUUACGACGUCAAAUCAAUAAAUGGAAGUUAUGUGGGUUUCGCCGGAAAUCAAGGCGGGAGAAUUGUUGGACAGGGAACGUUGACGAAUGGUGUCAUCUCAUUCGAGAAAGUGAACUAUAUCGUAGAGUUGGAAAACAAUUUACUUAGUAUUUCGCAAAUAUGUGAUAAAUCUUUCAGUGGUUCAAGUGUAAUUUUUGAUCCACUUCACAACAGCUGUUGUGACUUGGAUGUGAAGAAAAAUACACAGUUGGCAAAGUUCAGCAGUAUCUUGGAGUUCAUGGGUAGAAUCCCUAUUCAAAAAGCUUUGACUGAUCAACGUCCAUUGUACAAGUCACACAUUAAACGUUUCUGGAAGCAUUCAAAGUAUGAUGAGGAAAACAAAGCAAUUCAUCCAAUUGUGAAGGUGCAUAAUGAAAAGAAGGAAAUUGUUGUUACUGAGGCACUCAUUCGUGAGGUUGUGAAUUUUCCGGACGAUGCAGAGUCACCAACAAAGUUUCCAGAACGGAGGGUUUAG